AUGAAAGUUUUCAUUGUAUUUGUCUUUCUCAUAGUUAUCAUCAGCCGAUCUGUUUUAGGUAUUCCUCUAGCCACUAAAUUUCAAACUCCAGGUAAUUUUAAGCAGUACAACAUAUCGAUCAACGAUGAGGGACUUUGGGCACUUGGAUUCGAAUGUCAAUUAGAAAGUGGUGAAGAAGAAUUCCAUCUGAUUAAUCCUGGAGAUGAAUCUAUUAUUGAGGUUCAUGUUGAGGACAAUGAUGUUACGUCUGUUCCUUGCCUUUUCUAUUGGUCUAAAAAGGAUAGGAAUGUUCAUGUCUUUGACCAAAACCUAAAGAAACACUGUGGCGAUGAUUUGGUUAAUACGUGUAAGUGGAAGAUAUCAAGUGAUGCCUUUUAUAUUUACGAUGUGAGUCAGGAUCCACCAGAUUUUGUAAAAAUAUAUGAUUGGUGA